AUGUCGACAAUGGACUCUCAGGAUGAGCUGGAGGAGGCGGUGAGCCGAAUCUACGGCGAGUGGCUCGCGCGUGGCGGCGGCCGCUCUGGCUCGCGGACUCCUGCCGCGGAGGGGGAAGAAGCGGCGGGCGGAAGGCGGAAGGAGCGGGGCGGGAGCGGGGGAGAGGGGCUGCGACUGCUACGGGAACGCCACGUGCGAUUUCUGUUGAAGGGAUUGGACCACCUCUCUAGCAGCUAUGCCAGCCUGGAUGCCAGUCGGCCAUGGCUGGUGUUUUGGAUCGUGCACUCCCUUGCUCUCCUCGAGCAUCCUCUCGACGCGUCUCUUGCUGCUCGAUGCGCCGACACGCUGCGCCGCUGCCAGCAUCCAGAGGGCGGCUUUGGAGGCGGGCCUGGGCAGCUGGCGCAUCUAGCCACCACGUAUGCAGCAGUGGCAGCGCUGGUGACGGUGGGAGGGGAGGAAGCUCUCUCUGUGGUCAACAGGAAAACGAUGCUUGCCUUUCUGCGCCGCAUGAAGUGCCAAUCAGGAGGUUUCAGGCUCCAUCAAGGGGGGGAAACGGACGUGAGGGGGUGUUAUACUGCUAUGGCGGUGGCUCAUCUGCUCUGCAUCCGCACACCUGACCUCACAGAGAAUGUGGCGACAUACGUGCACAGCUGUCAGACCUACGAAGGGGGCAUUGGGGGGGAGCCAGGCGCAGAGGCGCACGGGGGGUACACAUUCUGCGGGCUUGCUGCGGUGCUGUUGGCUGGCGCUGACCCCUGGGAGCAUCUCGACCUGCCUCUGCUCCUGAUGCGCGUCCCUGCCCCCCUCAUCCAGUCAACAUCCAUUCAAACCUGCCCCUGUUGCUAUUGGCUGCCCUUGCGAAUUGUAUCACCUUUGCAAGUGCUCAAAUCAAAUGUGACACGAGCAAAGGUUGGGUUCAUCUCAACCUGCCACUGCUUCCGGUCCGUUUUUCCUGCCCCCGCCGCUGUUUUGCCCUCCAAUCCUCCGCCCCAUGGUGCCCACCUCACACCCUUCCUUCCUCUGCAUCGUACUUCGUACCUGUUUGAGACGUCUAGAAGAUUCACUCAAAUCAAGCCCCAUGGUGCCCACACUCUCACACCCUUCCUGCCUCGCCAUCGUACUUCGUACCUUUGGUUGCCCGUGGCUUUUGAGACUUCUUGGAAUCUAGCUGCUCCGUCAGAAUGCCCCUCCACUGACAACAUUUCAUCCCCUCUUUCUCCCAACUGCCUCUCAACCGCCCCCCAACCACCUCCUCCCUGUCCUCUCCGUUGCCACACCCUCUCCAUCUCCCCAACACCUCUCCUGCCAUCCCAUCCGUUCGUGGAUCAGGACUGGUUGGUGUUUCGGCAGGGCGGGGUGGAGGGCGGGUUUCAGGGGCGAAGCAACAAGCUGGUGGACGCGUGCUACAGCCUCUGGCAGGGCGGCCUCUUCCCUCUCCUCGCCCUCUGCCCCUCCUCCUCCCACACCCGCCCCAGGGGCGAUGCCAGCUCAGCGCAGCAGCCGAACAACGUGGGCUUCUCGCCGCGCUCGGAUGGUGCAGCAGGGGACCGGCAAGGCGUGCAGGCAGGCAGCGACGAGGAGAGGGGGGCGGCUGGUGAUUUGAGAGAGGCUGCUGGUGGGACUGGAGGGGGUGAAGAACGCUCCAGUGCCGCAGCAGGUGAUGGUGGUGAGGCCGGGGGGACUGCUGGUGAGUCUGGAGGGGGAGCGGCUGGUGAUUUGAGAGGCGCUGCUGGUGGGUCUGGCGGGGGUGAAGAACGCUCCAGUGCCGCAGCAGGUGAUGGUGGCGGUGAGGAGGGCAGAGAGGCGGAGGUUGAAGAGGAGGAGGAGGAGGAUGAGGAGGAGGAGGAAGAUGAAGAGGAAGAGGAUGAGUGGGAAGAAGCAGAUGUGGAGUUUCACCCCACGCACCAUCACCAUUGUCUUAACACCUUCCUGCUCUUCCUUCACUUGCUGUGCCUGCAGGUGCCAGAGGGGGGUUUGAGAGACAAGCCAGGCAAGGCACGGGACUACUACCACACCUGCUACGCCCUCAGUGGCCUCACCGCGGCCCAGCACUCCCAUCCAGUGGCCUUCCCCCGCACCCAUGCUCCCCUGCAAGCUGCGGCUAGUGUGGUGCAGGGACUGGGGGUGAUAUCCGCGCGCGGUCUGACUUCCGCGCAAGCACCCCCGCCAAUGGGCGACAAGCGCAAGGCGAAGGGGGAAGCAGAGGCGGAGAACAAGAAACCAAAAGCGGCGGUUGCGGGGGAAGACGGUUCCGCGGGCGCUGGGGCGGGAGGGGGAGGAGGAGACAUGGGGGGAUCCGCAGGGUUUAAGGUUUUGAAGGAAGGUGCAGCGGAGAUUUUAGUACAGGGUAACGACGUGUUCUAUAACAAGGCGCAGGUGGUUAAUCGCGACCUGUCCGUCUGCGUGCUUCGCGCGUUCGUCGCGGUUCGGCGGGAGGAGGAGAAUCAGCGCGCCGCGGCUGUGGCGGCGGGUGUGAAGGGGCGCGCGCUCCUGAAACACCCCAAUGCGGACCUUGCGGCGAAAUCUGCCGCGGCCGCUGCGGCGAAGCUUAGAGGCGGGGAGAAAGGGGGAGUCGCGGAAAAAGGUGAAGGCGGGGAGAAAGGGGAAGCGGGAAAUGGGGAGGGGGAGCAGAAGGAGGUGAAGGAGGGAGAGGGAAGAGCAGCGGAAGGGGCCGCAGGAGGGGAAGGAGGGGAGAGGAAGGAGAAGAGCGGGGAGAAGGGCGUCGGCGCGGCUGCGACAGAUGCGACGGCUGAAACGGGGGACGGGCAGCAGCAGCAGCAGCAGCAACAUCAGGCGAAGGUGGCUGAAGUGAAGCUUUUGAGAAUCCUAGAGGGCCUGGCAGCAUCCGGGCUACGUUCAAUCCGGUAUGCGAAGGAGAUCCCGGGGGUGGGCGCGGUGGUGGCGCUGGACAACGACCCCGUGGCCGUGCAGGCCUGCCAACGCAACGUAGCACACAACUUCGGUGGUGCACCACCACCCGCCACCACCGCUACUGAUGCUGCUCCACCACCACCACCCGCCACUGCUGGUGGUGCUGCUGUGGCUGAGGGUGGGGCAGGGGACAGCAAGGAGGAGGGGAAAGGAGCGGAGUGUGAGGGGGCGAGUGAGCAGGGGAAAGGUGAAGGGGAGGUGGCGGCGGUACCAGUGAGAGCGGAGCAAGGCGAUGCGCGUGUGUACAUGAUACUGCACGAGAAGCAGUUUGAUGCGGUGAGUGAGUGUGUGUGGGAAUGCAAUGCAGUAGCGCCAAACGUGGAUCUGGACCCGUACGGGACGCCGUCAGUCUUCCUGGACGGGGCAGUGCAGGCAGUGGCGGAUGGGGGCAUGCUGCUGGUGACGGCCACUGACAUGGCCGUGCUGUGCGGGAACAACGCCGAGGUCUGCUACUCCAAGUACGGGGCCUACCCACACCGCGCCAAGUACUGCCACGAGAUGGCCCUCCGCAUACUGCUCGCCUCCAUCGAGAGUGCGGCGAACCGGUUCAAGCGCCACAUAGUGCCCAUGCUGUCUGUGUCAGUGGACUUCUACAUCCGUGUCUUCGUGCGCGUCUUCACGUCAGCGCAGGCAGUGAAGGCGACACCCAGCAAGCUGGCGUACGUCUUCCAGUGCUCUGGCUGCGACUCCUACCACCUGCAGCCCGUGGGACGGGUCGUUGAGGGGCGCGCCAAGAAACCAGACGCCCCUCCCCCUCCUCCUAGAUACCUCCCCGGCUUGGGCCCAGUAAUCCCCCCUGCGUGUGAGCACUGCGGGCGGCAUCUGAGCAUCGGAGGGCCCAUGUGGUCGGCGCCCAUCCACGACGCCAGCUGGGUUCGGCUGGUUCUGGGGGAGGUGCAAGCGGGGAAGGUCAGACUGGCUGGAUUCGGCAAGGUGCACGGGCUGCUGACUGCCGUGUCUGAGGAGCUGCACGACAUCCCGCUGUACCUCGACCUGCAUGAGAUCAGCGCCACGCUCAAGUGCACGCCGCCCAGCAUGCUGCUGUUCCGCUCCGCACUGGUCAACGCAGGGCACCGUGUGUCGGGGGCGCACUCCAACCCGCUCGGCAUCAAGACUGACGCCCCGCUUGGGCUCAUCUGGGACGUCAUGCGUUGCUGGAUCCGAGAUCAUCCAGUGAAGUCCCAAGGGGAGGGCAGCCCGGCAGACACAAUUCUGGCCAAGCCGCCCACGACUGAGGUCAACUUUGCAAAGGCGCCCAAGGCGUUGAGCAAGGCGCAGCAGAAGGGAGUGGCUCGAUUCGUGCCCAACCCAGAGGCAUACUGGGGCCCCAAGCCGCGUGCUGGGAGGAAGGACGCCACUGCCAUGGCUGUGCUGGCACGGGAACAAGGCGCGGAGGGGAAGGAGCAGGCGGGGCAGGCGGAUGAGAUGGCUGAGUGA